UUAUAUAUAAUAUUUACUGUGUUUUAAGUAUAUGCAUGUGUUAUAAAAAUAAUAGAAACUUCAAUUUUCAUAUCAAUAAUCCAUUAUAAACUACGUAAUUUUCUAUGGGUUGUUCCCAAAACUACCCAUCUCUAGCAUUACCUAUAAACGAAUAUUAUGUCAUGUGAAUAUUCUUAGAGUAAAAAUGCCGAGUUUAAUUGGAAGACGACCAAUUUCUGGAAAAGAUGAUAUAAAUGAAGCGGUGGAUGAUGCUGGAAGUCAGGCCAAAUCAUUUUUUCAAACAGUUUUCGGUGAUAUUAGUAAAACAUCGGCUAGUAAACAGAUUAUUCUAGGAGCUUCUUCGGGAUGGAUAACUGGAUUUGUAACUAUGAAAGUAGGAAAAACUGCUGCUCUUGCUUUAGGCGGAGGUAUAAUACUUUUACAAGUUGCUAAUGAGAAGGGAUACAUUAGGAUAAAUUGGAAUAAAAUUAAUAAGAAUCUAGACAAAGUAGUUGAUAAAGUGGAGGAACAAAUUACUGGUGAAAGUUCAUCUUGGACAGAUAAGGCUGAAAGAUUUCUUGAUAGGAAACUAGAUCAAGCAGAAGACGUUAUUAGGAAAGGUAAAAAUAAAGCAAACAAAUGGUAUUCAGGUAGUAAUUAUCAAGUGAAAGAGAUGCACAUAUUCCUAGUCUCCUUCAUAGCUGGAGUUGCUAUAGGAAUAGGCACUUCUUAAACACACUUAUAUGUAGGUAUAUUAUAACAAUCAUUUCUCGUAUUAUAUUCUAAUAAAAUAAAUGUAAUAUAAUCACGCAUUGAAUUAGUUUAGAUCUGUAUUAUUAUUACUUAAUUAACUGUAUUAUUCUAUUGACGCUUGUAUGAUUAAAAAAUAAAUGUAUUGUUAGACCAA